AUGGAUGAGAAGCUGCAGGCGCAUCAGGUAGACAUCGAUCCGGAUUUCGAGCCCCAGAGCCGGCCUCGAGCUGGCACCUGGCCCCUGCCUCACCCGGACUUCCCGGGCGAAGAGGACGAUGGAGCCGCGGCGGCUGCUGCCGGGGCCGGCGCUGGAGGAGGGAUCUGCGGCGGCGGCGUGGGCUCCAAGCACCCCCUGGCCGGGGGCACGGAAGGCGCCGAGAACGCCGGAGUGGCGGCGGAGCGAGGCAAAGGCGCCCCGGCGCUGCCUUCCUUGGGCGCCGACGUUGGACAGCUCCGCAAGGCCAAGACCUCCCGGCGCAACGCUUGGGGGAACCUGUCGUACGCGGAUCUCAUCACCAAGGCGAUCGAGAGCUCCCCGGAGAAGCGCCUCACCCUCUCGCAGAUCUACGACUGGAUGGUCAGAUACGUCCCCUAUUUUAAGGAUAAAGGAGACAGCAACAGCUCCGCCGGUUGGAAGAACUCCAUCCGCCACAACCUGUCCCUGCACACCCGCUUCAUCCGCGUGCAGAACGAGGGCACCGGGAAGAGUUCCUGGUGGAUGCUGAACCCAGAAGGGGGCAAAACGGGAAAGACGCCACGCCGACGAGCUGUCUCCAUGGACAACAACAGCAAGUUCUUGCGGAUCAAGGGCAAAGCCAGCAAGAAGAAGCAGCUGCAAACUGCUCAGGAGCGCGGGGAGGACAGUCCGGUAAGCCAGCAGGCCAAGUGGUCCGAGAGCCCGACCUCCCAUGCCAGCGAGGAGUAUGAUGCUUGGGCCGACUUCCGGACUCGGGCCAACUCGUCGGCCAGCACCCUCAGCGGGCGCCUCUCCCCAAUCAUGGCCAACCAUGAGCCUGAUGAGUUGGAAGAGGAUGACGGGACUCCAUCCUCACCCCUGAUGUACCCAAGCCCGUCCAGCACCAUGUCCCCCUCCCUGAACACCCGCUGCUCUGUGGAGAUGCCCAGGCUGACGGACCUCACGGGCACCAUCAACCUGAACGAGAGCCUGGGCGAGAGCCUUCUUGAUGACCUGCAGGACAGCUACAACAUGAGUCCUGCUCAGCCGCUCCCUGCCGGGGGCCUCCGACAGAGGAACUCCAGCUUCAGCUUCAACUCCAAGUGCUCGGUGGUGGGCAAUGGAGUAGGGGGAGGAGGAGGAGGAGGAGGAGGAGGGAAUACCUACUGUGGGACCAUCUACAGCCAGCCUGCCAUGAGCCUCAUGCGCCGUCUGCCCAUGCAGACCAUCCAGGAGAACAAGCAGGCCACCUUUGCCCCCAUGAACUCCUAUCGCAACACCUCCUUACAGGACCUGCUCUCCUCCAUCUCCUAUGCGCAUAAGGAGGGCGAGCAGCACAUGCCGCCAGCUGGCAGCAUGGUGCCACCCCGUGGCCACAGACAGAACACCCUUGUGUGCGGGGGUGGGGGUGGAGGGGGAGAGAUCGGCCUGGUCCCCUACCCUCCCCACCCCUCCGCCCUGAUGAAGAGCAACGCGUUGUAUCACCCAUCACCAGCCAGCCACCACCCUCCUAUCAACAACAGUGCCUUACCCUCUCCUAUCAGCCUUAUGAGCCUGCCCAGUGACUCUUGUGGCAUGGUGGGCAUGCCUCACCACAUCCAUUCCUAUGUCAACAACCAAGGGGCACACAUGAGCUUGCUAGAUUCCUUGCAGGGACCCUACCCAGAAGCCAUGCACACUCCCGUUAUGGGCCCAGACAGAUUCCCAGCAGACUUAGACUUGGACAUGUUCAAUGGUAGUUUGGAGUGUGACGUGGAGUCCAUCAUUCUCAAUGACUUCAUGGACAGUGACGAGAUGGACUUCAACUUCGACUCAGCUCUUCCGCCACAAAACGGUCUCAACAUGGCCACUUUGCCCAGUGCCCCGCAGCCCACCAAUCAGAGCUGGGUGCCUGGGUGAGAGGACUAACCCCAAUAGCUCCAACCCACCAGUCAAGUGGGGGGACAGGGGGAACGGGGGAUUGGAACAAACUUUCUCCGUCUCUCUUUCCUUCCCCCCCCCAACUUUUUCUUCUUUGCCUUCAUUUGUUCAGCCAGGCUAGAGCCAUCUGUUUAAACUUGACAACGACACUAAAAACACACAGACACACAAUGUAGGGUAAAAUGUUUUGACAGGUACCAGCGGCUUCCCGCUCGUGCCAGGUGUAUUGUGCAGUAAGUCGGAUCUGUCUUUGAUGUGUGCAAUAGGCACAACUUAGCCAUGGCAUUGCGGAGCUGCUGACCCUCUCCCACCUUCUCUCCUCUCUCUGCCUCCCUCCCCUCCCCUCCCUCCCUCCCUGGGCACCUGCACUACUGCACAGAAAGAGGGAACGGGUGGUUUGCGGCCCAAAGAAUGUCUCCGGUCUUAUUGUCAAUCCUCCCUCCUUGGCUUCCUUCCUUAGAUGGCCUCCUUGGCAGGGCAGUUCUAAAUUUCCAUUGACUCCUUGGUACCUAGACGCUUGUUCGAUUCCCCCAGCCUGGCCUGACUGUGGUGUUCCUGAUGGAGAGGCCAAUAGACUAGGCUCCCUGACUCUUCUACAGCAGCCUUGUAAGCCUCACUGAGCAUUAGGGAGGCCAAUAGACUAGGCUCCCUGACUCUUCUACAGCAGCCUUGUAAGCCUCACUGAGCAUUAGGGAGGCCAGUAGGCUAGGCUCCCUGACUCUUCUACAGCAGCCUCGCAAGCCUCGCUAGGCCCCACAGAGGCCAAUACACUA